UUGCCGGAAGUUGGUUAAAUCGACACCGACUUCGUCAUCACAAAACGAAAGUGUCAUGGAGGAAUUAGACGAAAACGCUCGUAAUAAGGAAAAGUCGUUGGCAAAACACAGUCAAACUGAGGACGGUGAAAACAUGAGAACACAGAUUCACAAGCCCUGUUCCCAGGGCAAGCAAGACACUUCCACCGCUGUUUCCACCACGGAGUACUGCGAACAAUUACAGGAGUGGAUGUGGCAGUACUACUACAGCUAUAUGAACUGGCAGAGCUGGAUAGCGAUGUCUGCGUUCUCCUUUCCACCGUGUUUCCCAACACAAGGAACAAAUGAAACGCCCGGGGCGACGACAUGGGGUGCAGAUGUGUCUAACAGAGACCUUCGCCACUGGUUGAGCAGCAGCCCGUUUGGUUUUCCGGCUGCAGCAGCGAGCGGACAGAGUCCUCGAGCUCCGGCCACAGCAGCUGCGCAGCUGCCUCAACAACAGCAGCCGAAUGGAAACGCUCAACAGCCAGGUAGGGAAUAUUCUAUUCCCUCUCCCCUCCAACGAUUCUUGGCAGAAAUGGUGGAUUUCUUUAUUCUUUUUUUCAUUAAAGCUACGAUUAUCCUCAGUAUUGUCCACUUGAGUGGAAUGAAGGACAUCUCAAAGUUUGCCAUGCACUUCAUUGUAGAGGAGAUUGAUGAGGACACAUCGAUGGAGGAGCUGCAGAAGAUGAUGCUUGUGGCUCUAGUGUACAGGUUAUUAGUUUGCUUUUAUGAGAUCAUAUGUAUUUGGGGAGCUGGUGGGGCUACACCAGGGAAGUUCCUCAUUGGCUUACGAGUGGUCACAUGUGACAGCUCCGUCCUGGUUCAGCCGAACCGCGUCCUUGUGGUUCCAGCGACUAACGUCACACUUUCUGCGUCGACAGUGAGAGCGUUAAACAAGAACUUCUCCAUCGCUUUCUUCUUUCCGGCGUUCAUCACGCUUCUCUUCUUUCAGCACAACAGGACUGUGUAUGACAUUGUGGCCGGCACCAUUGUGGUCAAGAGAAACAGGCUUAGAUGACUGUCACUGAAGUCGAUACCAACCUGAAAUUGUAAUGCAAAAACAAGCUUAUAGACAAAUGAGAGCAAACCAGCUGCAGUGACACAUGCUGAACUGAUCUAAAAGCUAUUGGCCUCUCAAAGAACUGUCACUUUAAGAGCUGAACACGGUAUUUCCAGUAUUUCUCACCCGUCUUCAUUGGACACCUAGACUUAUAAGCAUGAACUGCUUUCUCAGAAGUAUUUUUUUAAUCAUCUGUGGUGACAUCUUUGAAUCUUUUUCUUGUGCCAAAAUAAGAUAAUUUAUUAAUCUGCCUCACAAUACUUGAACUUCCUCUGGUACAUGCAUUUCAUCUCUGUCUCCCUCUGUUUGUUAAUGUAUGUGGAUUAUUGAUCUGAAUAUUUGCUAAGAAUAUUAUUUGACCAAUGGAAUUUGAGCAGGAAUUAACAUUUCUCCAAAUGCAGUAUAGUUUGGUUAUAUAUCCUACUCUACUGACUGGAUUUGUAUUUCAAAUGGACGUUUUGUACUUAAUUAUUCAUCCCAUUUUAUGGCCUUUAAAAUGUUAAAAAAUAUAUUUUUACCUGUUUUGCAUACUGUAAUUUUCACUGCAUGCCUUUUUCAGCGCUGUGUUCUGCACUACUCUAAGCUGCUUAGUUGAUCAGUUCAACUUUAAGUUCCCUUAUUCUUUUUCAGUUAGUUUUUGUUUGAUUGUUUAGUAUGGCCAAAUCAUAAAUAAUUCAAUUAUGUCCCAGAGAAAGCCUUCUGUGUUGUCUCUGUUUAUAGAUUGACCAUUCAUACCAAUAACAAUCCUUUGAAUAGACAUGUUUAAACAGGGAUUUACAGCACAUUAGGUUUACAGGCUGCAUUAGGUUCUUUUCCAAAUAGCUGUAAGAGUCAGCAUGUGACAAGAGUCAAACUGUGUCAGCAAAUAUUUAGAAACCUCUUGAAACACUUUCAAGACAACAUAAAAAUAAUAAUAAUUUUUUAUAGGACUGGACCGUAAUAAACUUCUAAAUUAUGCUGAUGGAUGUAAAAAAUGUAAAGAAUUAUGCUCUACUAAACAUUUCAAAAUAAAUACUUGUAAUACCUAA